AUUAGUCGUAAGAUUUGAGAAAAGAAAAAUAAAAAAAACUGCAAUAUGGCAACUCCCAUCUCACUCAUCCGCAUCAGGUAGUUAGUUUCCUUAUACAUUUCCGCCAGAUCCUAUUUUCUACUUAAAAGCUUUACAACUCAUCAGUGCAUUUAUCCAGCGCUAAAUCUUAAUUCCGUAUUCUGUCGUUUUAUACACACAGAUAACUUUUGGAAAAAUAAAUAUAUAAAAAUGGGUGAUGGCAGUGUGGAUUUGAAUAAGUGCUUUGAAGUGGUCUCACAACUGGUGGACAAAGCUGGUGCGUUGGUGGCGAAACGUAUUCAAACAAGACAAGAGUUCGAAGAAAAGGCAAACGAUAUUGAUUUGGUCACUGCUACUGAUAGAGAGGUGGAACAGCUGUUGAUACGCGGUUUGUUAGAUGUCUUUCCCGACCACAAAUUUAUUGGUGAGGAAGAGAGCGCUGCUGGCGGACAACCUAACAAGCUAACAGAUGUGCCCACCUGGAUUAUUGAUCCAAUUGAUGGCACCAUGAAUUUCGUGCAUUCCUUUCCACACUCGUGCAUAUCCAUUGGUUUGAAGGUGAAUAAAGUCACCGAAAUUGGUAUUGUUUUUAAUCCAAUGCUGGGGCAACGUUUCACUGCGCGUCGCGGACAAGGUGCUUAUCUGAAUGGACGACGUAUACAUGUGAGUGCCCAAAAGGAAUUGAGCAAAUCUUUAGUUAUAACCGAAUUUGGUGCGUCACGAGAUGUAGAAAAAAUGAAAAACCAUUUCGAAAACUAUCAAAAUAUACUACCAAAGGUGCACGGCAUCCGUAUGUUGGGCGCUGCCGCGCUUAAUCUUUCCAUGGUGGCUAUGGGCGCGGUCGAUAUCAAUUUCGAAAUUGGCAUACAUGCUUGGGAUGUAUGCGCUGGAGAGCUGUUAGUGCUUGAAGCAGGCGGUGUUGUUAUUGAUCCUACAGGCGACAAAUUCGAUAUUAUGUCACGGCGUGUGUUGGCCGCAUCCAGUGAAGAAUUGGCACAAGAAUUCGCUAAACAAUUGACACAAUUCUAUCCACAACCACGAGACGAUUGAUGUUAAAUUCAUAUAAAAUAUGAUAGAUUCUGUCAAAUAAGUACCCGGAAAUUCUCAUUAUUUGUAUAUACAUAUGUAUAUGUAUUAUCAAAUUGAAAUAUAAAAUUUUGUUGAAUGAUGUUAAUGAUGUGUUCAAGAAUUAAUGUAAUGUGCACAAACAAAUAGUUUUAUGUAAAAGAUAAAAUGUAUUGAGAAAAGAAAAUACAGAAUUCUCAAACUAGCUAAUCGGAAGUAUAAAUAAAUGUUUAUAAAAAUUAAACGCCUUUGCAAUAUAACUUUUUGUUGUCCAGAAAGUUGGGGAAAAUUGUGGAAUAUACUAUGUACAUAUGUUGAUAUGCUUGUAUCUAACUAUUGUAUUUCGCAGAAUUUAUAUAUGAACAUACUUACACAUUAAUAAGUAAUUAGCAUUCUGAGUGCAUCAUUAUUUGCUUGCACACGUCCGAAUUAAUUAUUAAGUAGUCGUCAAAUCGUAAAAAAUUCUAGUAUUUGGUAAAUAGUUUAAUAAUGUUGUUUACUGAUAUAAAUUAUAUAUUAAAUUGCUGACAAUAAAACAGCUGUUUUUUUUUCAUUUUCAUAUUCAUAUUAUAUAUUUUUGCAUAGUUUAAAGUUUACUAUUUUCACCAAUAUUUCUACAUAUCUAUGUAUGUAUGCAUGUACGCCGAUAUAUGUUUUAAUGAAUUAAACUAAAAUUUUGAGAAUAAAAAAAAAUGUAUGGAAUACUAUUUAGUUUUUGCUCUAUCUUUUAAAAUCAGUAAUCGUAAAUCGUUUAUAUAAUUGUUAUUUGAUCUUUCAUUUUUGAAAUAGCUACCACUAUUUUCUUAAUGAUUUUCGUUAUAUUAAUUAUUGCUGCAGUAAUUUACAAACUUUAUAUUUAUUAUAUUAGAAAUGCGUCACCUGCACUUUGUUUUCAUAUUUGUAAAUAAAUUAUAUCUGAAUGUAUGUAUGUAUAACGCUUAAGUGUACUAUCUUUUUUUGUUAUCUAUGCAUAAAUAGUUAAAAGAUUAAAUUGAACUACUUCGAGAUCAAGUAAACAUUUAAUUUAUUUUAUUUAUUUUUAGUUUUCACAGCGAAAGCGAAGAGUAGUUUACAUUUACAUUCACAUAUAUUGUAAAUGUAUGCGUAUGUGUAUAUAUGUAUGUACUUGCAAGUGUUGUAUACUAGCAUUUAAUUAUUAAUUUGCUUAUUGUUCUAUUAGAUAAGUAGAUUAGAAUAGUACUGCAAAACCUUACAUUGCCUCAUAAAAUACACUUGGAAAAAUUUUGAGUUCAUUGUUUUUAGGAAGAAGAGCAAUAGUUGAAAUUAUAUAUAUAACACAAUUAUUCAAAAUUCAUCUUCAUAUGUAGACUCACUUAAAUAUGUAAGGAAACGCGUUAAGUAAUUUGUGCUAUAUAUCUUUUAAAUAUAUGAUCAUAAAUUCAUAUAUUCAUAUAUAUUAUUGGGAUAUACAUAUCUAUAUGCAAUUUUUUUAUUACGGCAUAGAAUCGAUUAUGCUGCUGUAUAUACAUAAUGUAUAUAUCUUCUGCCAAAAUGCAAAUAUAUGUCGAUAUUUUCAUAACUAACACACAAUUUAUUAUGUAUGCUUGUACAAUAUAUCAUCUAGAACUAGAUUCUACCUUAAAUUCUACUUCAAUGUGUCGUUCAUACACAUUUUAAUGGAAUUUUCAUAAAAAAUUGAAAAAUUUGACACUUUUAUAUGUUGUUUUUAGUAUAACUAUAGUUGCGCCACUACAUAGUAUACUGUAUGCGAUUCAUUAUUAUCACUGUUAUAAAUGUAAAUUUAUUUUAAGUAAAGUUUUGUUAUUGUUGCAAAACCGAAUGCUAUUUGUAUACAUUUAUUGCAUGUAUUAAAAUAUGAAAUAUGGAAUUAUUAUGGCAUACAAACUUAAAAACGCUUUUAAAGAGUAUGACGGGUUUAAAUAAUGUGAAUUUAUAAUGUUUUUCUUUUAUUUAUUUAAUAUUGUAAAAGGUGACAUUUGCACACAAGCAUCACUAUUCGCAACCUUAUCAUUUUUUGAGACCCGGAAAAAUAAUAUUAACCGGUAGCAACCGAUUGUGAUAAAAAUGUUUGUAUAUUUCUUAGAUGUGGAAGUAAGUAGAAAUAUCAAUAUAGAAAUGUAUAUUAACAAGUAUUAAAAAUGCAAAAUUAAAACAAAAUGUAUAGUAAAUGAAUUUCAUUAUACCGGACCACUCAAAAUAUGCAAGCCAACAGAGGCUGCACUAGUGAUAAUUAAAACUAGUUGACUCAUAUACAUAUACUUAAGUGCAUUCCCUGUUUUCAUAUUUGCUAUGCUGACCUUACGUUUUAUAUUAAAGUAUUUUUUUUUAAUCGCGAUAAUUUUAAAAAUAAAUACUUAUACAAAACUACAUACACUGUCACUUAAUUUUUUAUAUUUCUAAUGCAAGGGUCUUUU